UAUUAAAAUGAAUUAUUUCUAUACAUCCAGCAUUACAAUAUGGAUGCUUAUAGCUAUUGUAAACGUUUCAUCGGUAACAUCAAUAUUAGUACCAAUUCAGAACGAAGAUCCAACAGAAUGGCGUGAACAUGGAGCGGAAGCCAACUAUGCUCAAUUUAAUAGCAUACACGCAAUAACUAUCAAUGAAACACUGUUGCGCAGAGAUGGCUAUUGUUCGGGCAAAUGUGAUUCAUUUGAUACAACAGGUAUGAAGAGGGCACAAAAUUUAUCUUAUCCAAACCAAUGUGCUGGAUCACUUCGCUCUUGCUGGCUUGGAAGUGAAUCUGAGGAACGUAAAAAAGCGCAAAGGGAUUACGACUGGGCAAUCGACGUUGACUGUAGUGGCAUACGUGAAACUGGGAGUUGUAGCGUUGCAAGUAGUCAAGAAGAACAAGAUCAUUAUCGCGAUAUACUAGUUAUCACUGGUAACAUUUGCAAAUGCUUAUGUGAACGAGAUGAUACUACCCAUUCCACACCUGAGCGUGGUGAUUUACUUGAUUCAAUUUGUUUUGAUCCCGUUUCAGUUGAAGAUGGAUAUGUUGCAACUGGCGCGAGAUUCAAAAGACACGGUAAUGUAAUGUACCUUGAACUUCAAGAAGGAAUAUUAGCACAAGGAAAAAUUGAGUCAUCAACUCUCAAGUGGACAACUUCAAAUAAUUGUGCUUUAAAACACAAAGUUAUCGAUAAUUUCCGAAACGAUGGUCAUUACGAUGGUUUAGAAAUCAUACUAAACGAUCUUACUUUAACAGAGAAUGCAGUUGUCACAGGUGUUGCGUUAGGUGAUUCAUUGCGCGGACGAUACGUCGAUGACGAUGGUAAUAUUAAUAAAACUGGACCAGAAAUUUUGAAAAAAAGUCAAUGCAAUGGAAGUGCUAACGACAGGGUGCAUAGUUUUUGGGAUCUUCUGCCGUCUACAGCUUUAUUAAUGGAAAAAAAUUCUGAACGCAGUGAACCAUGCAAUUCCAAGAUAGUAUUCGGUGGAACUAAAGAGAGUUCUGACAAUAUACAACACGUUGUUCCAUUUGUUGAUUUACAGGAGGUCGUCACCGAUCAAAAUUCACCUAAACCUAUUCACGGAAUCGGUUGGUAUUAUCGUGGUUACCCGAAUUUCGGAGGAUUCCUGGCUCUCAAGCUUUUGGUAAAAGAACAAUAAUUUCUUUUAUCACUACUUAUUUCAACGGUAACGACGU